AUGAACGCCUCGGCGUCCUCGGGCACGCCGCUGUUCUCGGUCAGGCUAGUUAGCAUCGACAGCUACACCGCGCCGCCGCUGGACUCGCACGACGACGGCUUCUCCGACUUUGGCUCGCGCGCCAUCCACAGGGUCCCGGUCAUCCGGGUCUACGGCGCCACGCCCGCCGGGCAAAAAGUCACCGCUCACAUCCACGGCGUUUACCCGUACGCCUUCAUCCCGCUGCCACACGAUCUGGCCAACGCGGACUCGCUGGUUCCGGUCCACGCCUUCAUCCAGCGCCUGGCUGUAGCCAUCGAGGAUGCGCUCAAUGGUGCGGCCAGUGGCGGCGGAGGAGGCGGAAAGGGGCCUGCGCGUUCGGCAUCGGUCGAUCAGCAUGUUCGUGCCAUCACGCUUGUGCGAGGCAAGCCAUUCUACGGCUACGCCCGCGCCGACGCCGUCUUUCUCAAAAUCGAGCUCCUCUCGCCGUACUCGCUCGGCGCCAUGGUCAAGCUCAUGCGCGAGGGCCUGAUCCUCGGUCGCGUCAUGCAGCCGUACGAGGCCCAUGUUCCGUACCAUCUCCAGUUUUGUAUCGACUACAACCUCUAUGGCAUGGGUUUUCUCAACGCCGACGCUGUCGCUUUCCGCUCGCCGAUCUUGUACAAGGCCGACGCCGACUGGCGGCUUGGCCCGACGCCGAUCGACGACGACACCGCCGUCGCCCAUCCCACGCCAGGCUCGUUUGCCAUCCCGCUUGAUACCUCGCCGCCGACCCACGCCCGCCUCUCGCAGCUCAAGAUUGCGUACCGGGUGUGGACUGCCGAAGCGCUCGUCCCCGACCAGCGCAUGCCGACGUCGGUCCAGCGGCUCUCGACCACCGAGCUCGAGGUCGACAUCCGCGCUGCCGACAUUGUCAAUGCCCGCACCAUCCCAUCCGGUGACCUGGCAGUCGACUCGGGCGUCAAGCUCGUGCCGUCGCUCGCCGCCAUCUGGGAGGAUGAAGCGCUUCGCCGGGCGCUGUCCGGUCAGGAACCGGCGCCGACGCCGCCAGACCCUCCGCCGCGCUCGCCCAUUGUUCAUGAGUGGGUCGAGCCAAUUCUCGGCGACCUGGCUUCGCUUGUCGCCGGCCACUCGCCGCCGGUGGCUGACGAGCUGCCGCCGCUGCUGGCGGCCUCGCCGACCACCAACUCUCAGGCCUCGUCGACCCACGCAUCGCAACUCUCGUUUGAUCUCGAGUCGGCGCUCGGCAUCUCGGGCUCGCCGUCUGAACCGCACGUCGCGGGCAUGCAGCUUGCGCUCGACGACGAUGCCGACGAUGGCGAGAAUGCUCCACAUUCGCAGCCCGCCUUCGGUGCCCUCGACGAGCUACUUGCCUGGGCACACGCGUCCGAGUCAAGCUCGGCGUCCGAGUCAGACGCCGACAACAAUCUCACGGCCGAGGCCUAUGCGGCUGCCAUGAUGACUCUGGCAUCCUCGAUUCAGCUCGACGGUGGGAGCAGAGUUGGCGAAGGAAGUCGAGGCACCUGUCGCCACCGCAAAUCCCGCCGCAGGCCUGUGCAGCCGCCGCUGGAGACGCCGAUGACAGUGGUUGCGAGCCAACUGCCGGCCCCGCCGGCAGCGCUCGCCCGACCUUGUGUUCACCACUCGGAUGCACUGCCGGGCACGCGGUUCUUUGACUCACUCGCGCUCUGGGAUCCGGCACCGGCAUCAGCGACUGCGCCGCGACUCUCUAAUGCUGCGUACUGCUUUCGCGACCCACUCCCACGGCCGAGCUCGCCAACGGCGGCAUCGGCUCACCGCCAUCGCCGCACCACGCACUGGGUUCCGGCAGCGCGGCCACCAGCCAUGACCAGCCUCCCGCGUCUGGCGUAUGUUCACCCGCGGAUCCACUUUUCCGACCCGGCCGACAUGGGCCGGCGAAUCACGGUGUCGGCGGGUCGGACGUUCCGGCAUAUGACGACGCCGUACCCAGUGCCAGACUCGGCUCCGGUGCCUGUGCUCCGGCCGUGUGUGGUGGCUCACACUGCCGCGGUUCAGACUCAUGUCCCGAUCCAACUCCCGCCGUCGCCCGGGGCACUGAGCGCUCGGGCUGAGGGUGGUGGGCGCGUGUCCAGAGGAAUCAAGCCGCUGCUUCAUACCGGGACGACAACGAAGCGCUCACAGACGCCGUCGCAGAUCAUGACGCUCAAUGACAACCAGCACCUGACGACGCUCUCGCUGGAAGUGGUAUUCACGACCCGCAAGGAGCUGCUGCCGGAUCCGCGACUCGAUCCACUGGUGGCGGUAGCAUACACAGUUGGCGACGAUGACCUCGCAUUGGCGCGCGGCGCGCCGAGCUACAUCCGUGGCGUAAUGGCGGUGACAAAGGCCGGGGACGGCGGCGAUCCGCGGCGGUACGGCCUCGAUCGCAGCGUCCGGUACCGGAGCGUCGCCAACGAGCAGCUGCUCAUCGAGGCGGUGGUCGAGCUUGUUCGGCAGAUGGACCCGGACAUCUUGACCGGGUACGAGGUCCAGCAGUCUUCUUGGGGCCUCCUCAUUGAGCGCGCGGGCGUGCUCGGAUACAAUUUGUGCAAGUUGCUUGGCCGGUGCGGCGGAGCCGGAGCCAACUACUACGACGCGGCGGCAAACCGCGACGCGUAUGGACUCUCGCACAACUCGGGUAUUCACGUCUCGGGAAGAAUUGUGCUCAACGCGUGGCGGCUGCUGCGGAAAGAGCUCACGCUGCGGAUGUACUCGUACGCCGCGGUUGUCGAAUCAGUCCUCCACACGCGGGUACCUGUCUAUCCUCCCGCCCGGGUGACCCGAUGGUGGCUGGCGGGCUCGCGACGACGGGUGGCGGUGCUAGACUUGGUACUGGCGCGCUCCGGUCAUGUGCUGGCCAUCUUUGACAAGCUCAACUUUGUUGGGCGGACGUCGGAGCAGGCACGGGUGUUUGGCAUCGACUUUUUCUCGGUUCUCUCGCGCGGCUCGCAGUACCGUGUGGAGAGCAUGCUGAUGCGGCUGACCAAGCCGCGGAACUACGUGCUUGUCUCGCCGUCGCCGGAGCAGGUGUCUGCGAUGGCGGCAGCGCAGGCGGUGCCGCUCAUCAUGGAGCCAGUCUCCCGAGUCUACACCGAUCCUGUCGUUGUCCUUGACUUUGCCUCGCUCUAUCCGUCGGUCAUCAUUGCUCACAACUACUGCUACUCGACAACGCUCGGGCGGGUGUCGGGCGCAGAGACCAAGGAACUUGGCGUGGUGACGGCAUAUCAUCUGGCAAUGGGCGAGACGGCGCGUCUGGCGCGGAGCGAGGCUCUGGUGGCGGCGCCCAACUCGGUGCUCUUUACCAAGCCGGAGCUCCGGCCGGGCGUCUUGCCCAAAAUGCUCUCCGAGUUGCUGGAGACGCGGGUGAUGGUGAAGAAGGCGCUGAGCAAGGCGCGGGCGGCGGGGCACGAGGCUCUGGCGCGAAUGCUUGAUGCGCGACAAGAGUCGCUCAAGCUCAUUGCCAACGUGACGUAUGGCUACACGACGGCGUCGUUUUCAGGCCGAAUGCCAAUGAUUGAGCUCGCGGACGCGAUUGUUCAGACCGGGCGCGAGACGCUCGAGGAUGCGAUCCGCUACAUCGAGGCGAACGCGGACUGGGGCGCGCGGGUGGUGUACGGCGACACCGACUCGGUGUUUGUACGGCUGGCAGGGGCGUCCAAGAUGGACGCCUUCCGGAUUGCGCGCGAGAUUGCGGCGCAGGUGACGGCGCGGUACAAGGCGCCGAUCCGGCUCAAGUUUGAAAAGGUAUACCUGCCGUGCGCACUGCUGACCAAAAAGCGUUACGUCGGCUACGCGUGGGAGGACGAGGGCCAGACCGAGCCGAUUUUCGACGCCAAGGGCAUCGAGACGGUGCGACGCGACACGGCCCCGGUGACGUCACGGAUUCUAGAAAAGGUCUUGCGGGUUUUGUUUGAGACGUCGGAUGUGAGCGCCAUCAAGGCUGUGCUCAACAGCGAGUGGCGGGCGAUCCACGCCGACGCGCUCGACAUGCGCGAGUACAUGUUUGCCAAGGAGGUCAAGCUCGGGUCGUAUGCCGCUGGGCGGGUUCCACCGCCAGUCGCGUUGGUAGCGCAGCGGCGGAUGCGCCGCGACCCGCGGGCCGAACCGCGGUACAAGGAGCGGGUCCCGUACCUGGUGGUGUACGGCCCGCCGGACGCCAAGCUGUACGAGCAGGUUGUCGAUCCGCGCGAAGUGCUUCGUGACCUCUCGCUGGUCAUCAAUGCCAAGUACUACUGCGUCAACAACGUCAACGCUGCUCUCGAUCGAGUCCUCUCGCAGAUCGGUGUCGACGUCGCCAUGUGGUACGCGCGGCUGGGCAAGAUCCGGCGCGCAGCUGGCGACAGGCCACGCGCUACGCGUGACGAGCCCGGCGCCACCAUUGCCACAUUUUUCGCGUCGCGCCUCUGCCCAGCCUGCCGCGAGGCCGACGUCAUCGGCACCGCCGACUACUGCACCACCUGCGCCGCGUCGCCGGUCCUCGCCCGCUAUCGCGUCGCUAUGCGCGCCCAUGCGCAAGAGCGCGAGCGUGCUCGCCUCCGCGCCAUCUGUCUCAAGUGCGUCGGCGAAGCCGCCGGUGUCGAAGGCGUCGAUGCUUGCGAAGCUGUGGUAUUCGGGACCGGGUCCGGAGCGAGGCGAAGUGGUUCCAGAGACGGCGGCAGUGCUAGUGGAGGCGGACAAGGUGGCGAGCUGGAAGGCCGACAGCCGUAUGAUUACUAUUUGGUGUUUGACGUCGAGGCGACGUGUGAGGCCGAGCGGAACAGCAAGUACCCGCAUGAGAUCAUUGAGUUCCCGGUGGUGGUCAUGACAGGCGAGGGCGAGAUCCUGGAGAGCCCACGGUUCCACACAUACCUCAAGCCGACGACCAAUCCCAUCCUCUCCGAGUUCUGCACUGAGCUGACCGGAAUCACCCAAGAUCAAGUCGAUGCCGGCAUGGGCUUUGAGGAGAUGCUUCACGCCCUGGAUGCCUGGCUCGACGACAACGAGUUCUUUACCGCUGCCAAGCCGACUGUCUUUGCCUGUGAUGGCCCCUGGGACGUCCGCGACUUUGUGGCUGGCGAGUGCAAGCGCAAGCGCGUCGAGUUUCCGUGGUACAUGCGGUCGUGGGUCGACAUCCGCCACACAUACCAUCGCCACUACCGAAACGGCGCCCGCAGGCUCAAUGGCAUGCUCGAGGCGAUCGGCAUGGAGUUUGAGGGCCGGGAGCACUCGGGCAUGGACGAUGCCAUCAACAUUGCCCGCCUGGCGUCUGCCAUCAUCCGCGACGGCGGCAGCCUUGCUGUCAACCGCGUUGUCGACCGCCGUCGCGCCCUCGACGACGACCAAGUCUCGCGCGUCCUCUUUUACUCGUACGACUUUGCGACGAUCUCCGACUUUGCCGCCGACGAGCUCAUCGCCGCCCAUCCCGCCCACGCGCCACGGCUACAGGCCUUCCGCGUCGCCCGCGCCGCCGCCGCCAAGGCCACACACCUCGCCAAGACCCGCAAGCAGCAGGCCCGUCGCAAUGCGAAGCGCAAGCGCGGCAAGCACAAGAAGCACGGCCGGCGGCGGUAG